AUGUCGCGAUCAUCCACAAUAGAUCUCGAAGCUUCAACGGUGCAGUCAUAUCCCUUCACCGAGCGGAAGUCCGAGAAAAAAAACGGUCAGGUAGAAGUUGACCAGGCGCAACCAGCGAAUGUGGAAGACCGUCCUAGGACAGAUGGCAAAGUAGUUGAUGCAGUAUGGGGAACAAUAGACGAAGACGGACCGAAUUAUCGAAAUUUGGGCUGGAUCCGAGCAUCGGUUCUGGAACUCAAAACUCAAAUCGGUCUUGGUGUUUUGGGACUUCCGGCUGUCCUAGAUACAUUAGGCUUCAUUCCAGGAAUCAUCGUCAUCGUCGUUUUAGCAAUUAUCAUUACGUGGUCUGAUUUGGUCGUCGGUUACUUCAAGCUCAAACAUCCUGAAGUCUAUACUGUAGCGGAUGCUGCUCACAUCAUGUUCGGUCCUGUGGGACGAGAGAUCAUCGGGUUUGCUUUUUGGCUCGAAGUCGUAGCUAUCGCUGGAGCGUCCUUUUUGUCCAUAUCUGUGGCUUUCAACACUAUUACUGAGCAUGCCACCUGCACAGUUGUAUGGGUUGUUGUAGGUGCUAUCAUUGUUGCAUUCUUUGCAUCUAUCCAGACACUCGGUCGUAUUUCGUGGCUGGGUUGGGUCGGUCUUGUCAGUAUCCUUUCGGCAGUCAUCACUUUGAUGGUUGCUGCGGGUCUGACCGAUCGUCCCAGUUUGGCUCCUGUCGGAGAACCCUUUACUAUCAUUACCAAGGUCGCUGCAACUCCGACCUUUGUGGAUGCUAUCAAUGCCGUUUCCAUCGUGGUGUUCGCCUAUGCUGGUACACCAAACUUCUUCAAUAUUGUAGGUGAGAUGAAAGACCCAGCUCAAUACUCGAAGAGUGUGGUAGCGGCUCAAACAUUCAUUACCAUGAUCUACCUUGUUGUCGGUUGCGUCACCUACCAUUUCGUUGGACAAUACAUUGCAUCUCCUGCUUUGGGAAGUGCCGGAUUCAUCGUCAAAAAAGUAUGUUAUGGACUCGCCCUUCCCGGUUUAGUGGUCGGAGGUACGCUCUACGCUCAUACCGCGGCCAAAUACGUGUUCGUCCGUGUUCUCCGUAACUCUCGACAUCUUGCCAAGAACACACCUGUACAUUAUAUGGUUUGGUAUGGAUGUGUUGUCUUCACUUGCGGAAUCGGCUUCGUCAUUGCCGAAGCAAUCCCUUUCUUCAACGAUCUCCUCAGUCUUAUCGGCGCUCUCCUUGGUACCCUCAUUUGCAUUCAAAUGGAGUCGUACAUGUGGAUGUGGGACAACUGGACCUCGGCAAGCCGAGGAACUCGUCGUUGGACCCUGUUGAUGAUUAUGAACUUGUCAUACUUUAUCAUUGGUUGGUUCCUUAUGGUGGCGGGAACCUAUGCAGCGGUUGUCACCAUUAACAAUAACUUCAAGAGCGGUGAUGUGGGCAGCUCAUUCAGCUGUGCUGAUAACAGUGGGAAUUAG